CUCAGACGUUACACUUUGCAGUGAACAUAAACAAAACACUUUGAAAUGUCGUCCGCCAGGUGAAUUUGUGCUCUCUUGGGAUGCAUCGCUUACUUGUAUUUUGCUAUGAUGUCGUUCAUUAUGUUAAUAACCAAGGCUUAACUUGCCAUCUACAGCAUGCCAGAUAUACAGCACAAGGUGACAGUAUCAUCCCAUCCUCCUAGCUCUAGAGAUAGAGCUUCUGAGGCUAGCAGUGUUGAUGAUGUGCAAGAAAUGCAUGUCCCAAAUGUUUCCCCAACUACUCAGAUUCAGAGAAUGAAAGGUAACAUUGAUAAUUCUGACAUAAUUUUAACUACUAUUGUUGAUCCUGGGGAAAUUCCUGUUACUUCAGUUCCUGAAAGUGAUGUCCUAAAUAGGAAUGAAGAAGUAUUGUUUGAAGAGGGGAGACAUGAAGAAUGGCUUAUUCCAGGGUUAUUGAUAUACAAGGGCAGUGACAAUAAGCAUGCAUCUGAGGAUCAUGGGAGAAUGAAUAGUGACACUCUAAGUAACAGUCAGCAUGUAACCCUGAGUGAUGUUACAGUUACAGAAGCAUCUGUAGCUUUUUUUGGAGACACCACAGAAAGGAAUGGAAGCGUUGAACUAGUCACAAACAGUACAAGUUCCCCCUUCCUGGAAAAGUUGGGAAUAAUUGAGCAGUUAAAGCAAGAAUGGACACCAUUCAAAGAUGCCACCAUAUCUUAUGCAGAAGAAAUAGAUUACAAGGAUACCACACUCAAUCCUGUUCCUAUCACUGCAGAUUAUAAAUCCUCUAAUAACCAAUUAAGACACAUUAAUAAUAACAUUGGUUUUAAAAAUCCUGGACAGUUAGAGGAAAUUCCUGGAACUGCCACUCCUACUGAUAUGCCUAGCACUACUGAAUUUGCAGGUGCAAGCACAACCUUUUUAAAUGAAAGGGCUAUGGCCACUGAAGAGCCACUAGGAGAUGCUCCAGAAACUUUAGUGACUGUCACUAGUAAAAUUUCUGAACCUGUUGAAACAGGCAUAAAAGAAAAACAUGACACCACCUGGCUGGUCACUGAAGAGUACUUGUACACCACCAUACCUGUGUCUGAAGAAACUACAUACCUCACACUGCCAGUGACAGAUAAUAACAGCGAUUCUAAAUUUAUCGUCAAUGAAAUGCAUAACACUGUUGCCUCCGACACCAUAAAAACUGUCAGUGAUGAUUUUUUUAAUAGAGAAGAGACAAAUGAAAGCAUGAUGUCUGGAACUGUAAAUUCCAAUAUUGUGGAAACUGCUACUGCAGGAAUUGAUGAGAAUUUCACUGAAGUCACUGAAACUCUGUUUCCUUUCACAGAGAAAAUCCUAGGUGUCUCUGAAGACAGAAUAAAGAAUGACCAUGUGGAAGAACACGGCUUAAAAGAAAGUACGUUAGAGAUGAAUGAAAUAGAAACAACAGAAAUGGUCAUUCUAGAAGCAUCAAUGGGAACUAAUCAUGUAACAACAGAAGGUCCUCUUGAACCAACGAGUUUUGACGUGAAGAUAAAGACCAUAAAAGAUUUACAAGUGGAUGCUAUUUUUGAUCCAAGUCAAGUAGCCAAAGCAACAAGCUAUGAAGAGUCUUCAUAUUCUACUGCAACUAGAAGUGCAACAGUUACUACAUGGGUAGACCCAAACACUAAGAACUUUGUAAGUCAAGGUUCUGCUAACUUAACAGAUCUGAAAGAAGUAGUGAAUUCCAGCCAAAAUUUAAAUGGUGAUCUUGAAAAUAUUAAGUUGUUAACAGAUUAUCUUAGUGGAUCUCAUAAUCAUGGUAUGGGUAGUGUUGAUAAAGGUUUUCCAACCACACAGGUUUCAUCAGUGGAUGAUAAGUCCUCUUAUAGCACUACCUACUAUGAAGCUACAGCAUCUAAUAAAGAUGCAGGAUCUAAAGAAGAGAAAGUAAGUGUAACAGAGUUCAGCAGAAGUGAAGGUAAUGACAAACUUUCAACAUCCCAGGUAAAUCCAGAUCCAUAUGAAAGUGAUACUCCUCGAAUUCCAGUUUUAAAGUUUAAUAUCGGAGAAUUUGAAACUGUAAAUGGAACUCGUGUUUACUUAACUGACAGUGGCAAAACUGAAACUCAGUUUAUAUAUGAAAUGCCAAAUAUGAAUAGAAGUUCUGGGCCUCAUUUGACUCCCUCAGUGGUCAUUGCAUUGUCCAUUUGUUGUAGUCUUAUUGUUCUUAUCAGUAUUCUUACUGUUUCCUUGUGGUUUUGUCGUAGACAUAAAAACAGAAGUAAAAUUUAUUUGAGUCGAGAUGCUGCAAGGCCUAGAGCCUUCUUCACCAAACCAAUGAUUCCUGCCCUUCUCCCAGAUGAAGCUCCUGAUUUAUCCGAUCCUAUGUAUGUGAUGGAGUUUCAGAAACCACGACCCCCAAUAGUUCUCAGUGAUGACCCUGAUUGCAUCAUUAUUGAUGGACAAACAGUCUUGAAAUCAGAAACUGAAGCCUAUGAUGGCGGUAUAGAAAAUAAAGGAUUUGUUGAUAUACCGUUAGAAGAAAUAAAGUCUGCAAAUUACAGCAUUGACUGUAGUAGUAAUAAGACAUGUGGUCGAAUGCCACCAAAAGCUGGAUUGAAAAGUGACCAUGAAUGUGAUUCAGACUCUGGAAUACGCGUUUGGUCAUCAACUGGUUCACUUUACACAGUAUCAAGAGAUAUGAGUCAUUGCUCUUUGCCUCCACCACCAUAUUCAUCGUCCAUUGGUGAAGAGUCCGUCAACCUUUCAGCUGAUACGUUUCCAUCAUUUGGAAGCAAACCAGGGCUUUUGUAUGCAUAACAUAAUUCCACUUAUUUGUGGCAAGUUUUACACAUUCCAUGGUAAAUUCAUUACAGUAUAUACCCGGUACUAUCGGUGAAGUAGCUUAUUGACAGUUUUGAAUGAAGACAUUUAUAAUUAUAGUUAGUGAACUAUUGAUCUCAAAAAGAAAGCAGGGAGUUGUCAUGGAUACACAUUGCAUUUGCUGUUGUUACCUAUGUAAGCUUAAGCUCCUGUAUAAGUGUACAGUUUUCAGAUGUUAACUUUUAUCCUAUGAUGAUGUGUACAGUAUAUAGUGAUUGUGAAUCAUGUAUGUAAGUUUAUGCAUGUUUCUUAUAACUAUUAGCUAAUGUUAAUAAAAUACAGUACUGCAAUGUGAAAAUUUAGGUUGUUGUUUUAGACAAUGUUAAUGAUAGCAGGCUGAGAUUGUUAACUUUUGGCAAGGUUUGUUCUUUGUUGAAGGAAACUUAAGAAAUUGCAAGAGAUAAAUGAUCUGUUGACUGUAGGAGAUUAUUGAGACUGAUAGACAGAAGACAGGUUAUAUUGUUCAAAUAUGUACUGUAGCUAUUUCUUCUUUCUUGGCUGUGAAGGUACAAAUGUAAAUGUUUGUUGCAUAAUAAUUCCAGUAUUUUAGGUACUUAUCUAGCCAUAUUUUAUUUCACAACUAUUUGAUUUUGUCAGAACUUGUCAUUCUGAAUAUAGUAUUUUGUAUUUACAAGGUUCUUUCUGUCUGUUCUUGAAUAUGCAUCAGAAAAAAUUGCUCUCUUAUAAAGUUUAUUUAUUAAUUGGUGGUUACUACUUACUGGUGUAUGAUUUAGAUGCUUAUUCUCUUUCUAAAGAAUGUUCUUAUGAAAUUAGCUGGAGACUGAAAAGAUAUACCAAAGAAAACAGCUCACAACUAGUCUAAAGGCGUUUUGUAAUUUGACAAUCAUUUGUAACAGUGUUUGAUCACUUUCCUGUGAAUGCACCUUGUGAUGUGUAGUUGUACUCAACAGUUUAAUGUUAAUUCCACUGAGAUACACUAGUAGCCAACAUGUGUACUUAUGAUAGUACAUACUACUGUAUAACAUAAGAAAACAGCCUUUUGUUUAUGUGAUACCUCUCCCUUAUGCUGUUGUGAAUCACAGAAUAUUAUCUUUAGAAAAUGCAGCACUGUUAAACUACAACUCAUUUGGCUACUUACUAAAAUAGUCAUUAUACACACUAAACUAAAUAAGAACUAUAGAAUUUUUAAAAGUAGUAACUGGGGAACUUAAUUAUUUAAGCUAGGACAUUCCACAUAUGGGUAUUUAAGAUCACAUUUUGAUUCAUCUUGAUAUAGUACAGUUCUUUCACUUGGUAUGUAAGAAAUGUAUCUUUAUCACAGGUUAUAAGAAUUCUUGCAUGUUUUUCUCAGUUUCCAGAAAACUAGUAGGACCUAAAAUGUUAUUACAGCACAGUACAUGUAUGAUUCUUUUUCUUGGUCAUGAGCAGUUUUUUUACUUUGUGGGUUUUGUCUCAAGUUUUAUGGAAAGGUGCACAGUAUAAUCUUGCUGUUCAGUCCUCAGUAGAUAAUGAGAAGUACUGCAUGUAAUACAUUUUAGAUUUGUUCUUACAGGAGUACAAACCAUUGGUUUUUAUGCAGGAGUGUCCUUGAGCACAAGCUGGAACCAGUCACUGAAAUCUUGUAACAAGGUGAUCGAUUGGUGGUAGGCAGAUGAGUUUAGGGAAACUCUCUCUCUCAUGCUGUAACUGAGGGGGUUUUGUAUGUGAAGUUAGUUAUCAACAUGUGUUUUUUCUAAUAGUAAAUCAGGCACAUGUGCUGGAUCCUCCCCAAUUUAGACCUUCAUCUUCCUCUAACACUGGCUGCUCCUGAGAGGAAAAUGUUGAUUAAUUGCAGGUGUAACUUUCUUACAGUAUGCUGGAAGCCCCUUUUUCUACAUUUUUGGACCAGUUACCCUCAGCUAAGUUGGCAGGAUCUCCAUCUUCUGUUGCUGCACCCACUAAGGAACUCAACCUUGUAGAGCAUCAACCAUGUCUGAUGCUCCAUUGAUGUAUCUUUCUGUGCCUCAACCAGUUCUGCAUUGUUAUAGGAGACUAAGACAUGUAAGGAGUAAGGUGAACAGGUGCAGGUGUACUUCCUCAUUCUACUCCUCGUCUUCAUUCUUUUCUUUCUCUCACAGGAAGAAGUCCUUGAAGCCCUUUCACAGGAGGUCCUGCCAGACUAAAAGCAAGUUUCUAACCCUGUCUUCCUGGGUUAGUGGCAGUGUUUGCUCACCUGCUGGUGGGAUAUGGGAUGUUCCCAAAGUGUGCUUGAUACCCUGAGUUUUCUUGUAACUUCUUAGACAUAAAAUGCCCAGACUCUUACUCCCUUACUUCUGAGUAGAAUUGUGCUUUCUUCUCAUUCAGGAUGCAAGACAGUGUGCUCUUCUAUGAUUCUUACAAGAUAUAAUGAUGAUCUACGUGCACAAGAUUGUACAGCACCUCUGUCAGUUUCUGGUUCACCUCAGGCCCCUGAUAUGCAUGCAUGAUUGAAUUCAUACUUGUUUUCCUGCUGAUCAGUGGAAGUCUCUUUAAAAGGAUGACUAUGGUUUGGAAGUACAUUCCAUUCAUUGGGUAAUCCUCAAAUCAUGGGCAGUUGUCCAGUACCAGUGGAACUGACCAUGCAUCAUAUUCCCAUGAGUAAUGACAAGGGCAGGCUUGCAAGUUGUUUUAUUUUGGAAUAGGAUCCUUCUCAUGCUUUAUGGAACCCGAUAGGAUGAGAUGGUCCUGCUUUGCCAGGACCCUAGCAGACAGAGUGGAACAACACUUUUGAGAGAUCAUUGAACCCUGGCCUCCCACUAAAACCAGAUCUUAUCAAGUGAGUUCACCCUUGGGUAUGCUCGUGAAGUAAGACCAUAUUUAAGACUGCCGUGGUCACAACUAACUCGUGGUGUUUUAGACCAGUGAUAUUCAGUUUAGAGGGUUCCCUGUUGCCUAGCAAAAAGAACAAGUUCCUUCCUCCUCACUGUUGACACAUCAGAAAAGUUUGUGGUGGAGAAUGCCACAAUCAGCAUUCUCAUCAGCAGAAUCAAUUGCCUUUGCUUCUUUCCAGGCAUCAUGGUUCAGCCUGUGGUUGAACAUGCUUUCUAACCUUGCCAUUAUUGGUGGCUCAUCUGAGGAUUAGAAGGCAUUGUUAAUGAGGUUGCUGGUGUUAGAAGGAAGGGUGCGGACUUUCCUCUUGCAUCAGAAUACCAACUUGCACUACUGUCUACUUUCUUCUCAAGACAAGUUUUGACUAAGAGUAGUCUUCUGCUACAGGGGAACAGUGGAGACAGAAAGUGAAGAAGAGAUGUACUGACAGUGUGGACUCUGGUCCACUGUGCAGUCUUCAUCAAACCCUUCUGAGUAAGGGAGGUAAAUGGGUCAACCCUACAGGGUGGCCAUGUCUCCCAGUGAUGGGAGGGGCAAAGAAAAAGAACUCAGACUUCAUCUAGAAAGAGGAAGGAUUGUUCCCAGCCCUUCCCCCCAGCUAGGGAGGUAAGGGGAUGAAGAAAUUAUACGGAUGCUGAGGUUGGCAAACCCGUCAAGCUGCCAUAAUAGGGGGAAGCUUGUCAUGCCGUUUAGUAAUGUGGUAGCAACUGGAACCAGGUAUGCGAGAAGUCUGCGUUUUUCAGGACAGCUACAGAAUACCUUCACGGACUUCCAUCUCAUACUCUUGUUGUAGAAGGAGUCGCUCCAGUCAGAGAUUCUGUUCAUUAGACUGCAAGCUUCUUCAUUCACCUUCAUUGAGACAAGUUCCUCUUAAUCAGAGUGGUGAGUGGCUAUCACUGUGACUUAAGCAGGUCUUCAGACUGAAGGGCAUGGGUCCUUCUGCUUUGCUGGCAUUAUCAAUGCUCACUAGGAGCUUUGUGCAGUCUUUUCCCGAUAAAUAUUUGUUUGUUUAUAUGACAUUUUUACGUUGCAUAGAACCAGUGGUUAUUCAGCAACGGGACCAACGUCAAGAGUGAACUUACAUCACCAGAAAUACACAUCUCUCACUCCUCAAUAGAUGCCCGAGAAUCAAACUCAUGGCCACUGAGGUGGCAGGCCAAGACCAUACCAAUCACGCCACAUAAGUGCUGUCAAGCACAAGAAUGUGUCCAAGAACACCCUUUCUUUUUGGCUUUGUGAAGUAAUCAGACAAACUUGCUGCUCAUUUGGCAAAGUUGGCAGUCAUACAGUUUGGCAGAAUGCUCAGAGAUCAUGGGUGUGGGACCAUUCCUUGUUUUUUGGAAAAACUUUCCAGCAGCAGAUAAUGAGGGCAAGUGUCAGGAAACAUCAGAUGUGGCUGCUCAACAGGUUAUUUGGUUACCCAAGCUCCUCUUGGACAGAAAAGCAUCAAAUUUAGGUAACUGGAGGGUGUAAGACGAGUUGAAUGGUAGAAUGAUUAUCUUAUCUUUCUUCCUCCUUUCCUCCCUGUGCAAGGCAGCAGCUUGGGCCAGGAUGCAGGUGAUCUUGCCCAACUACCACCAGUCAGCUACCCUGUUACCAAGUUACAACCACCAAUUCAAGCUUGCCCUGAAGGGAUACUCAUGCAUAAAAGGCUCUAGUUUGUAUACCCAGGAAAAAUAAAAUUUACUUUAAAAUUUGAUGUUCUAAUUAUUAUGAUAGAUGUUAUUUUCAGGAAGAGAGAUCAAGUUUUAUGUAUACUGGUAUGUGAUGGUUUUGUCCUGGUAAAUGUGGACCCUUGAAUUGUGGGAGAAUUUUGAGUGCACUGUUAGGUAUGAAGAAAUUGCAGCAUGAUGAAUGUAAAUAAACACAGUAUGGAUUUUAGCAGUACAGUAAUGUAUUUUUCCAUGAAUGUCAUGAGAUUGGGUAGCAUAUUUUUAACACUUGUUAACUGCUGUGUGCUCACCUGUCAACACUAGAUUAUAAAUAACUGCCCCUCUGUUGACAUGAUUACAAAAUUAUUCCAUUUUAAAGAAGUAUGAAGAGAUGGAUAAAUGGAACCUAUUGUAGUACGUUUUUAUUAUUUAACUACCUCCAGUGAGAUUUCUUUUAUGGAAAUGCACUAGUAUAUGAAAUACUGUAGAUGUUUAUUAGGGGCCGAGUCUCAAUUUUGGCCUUAUCAGAUCAACAAUUACCAGUAUAUUUGAAAGUAAGACAAACAAAUGUUGCAACAGCAUGCAUGGAGUUGUUCAGCUCAUAACUGCUGCACAUCAAUAAGGUUAUGGAAUGGGGGUUCUAAGUACAUUUUAAUUCGUAAUUUUGUACAUAUCCUGCAAUAUUCAGUAUCUUAUCUAUCAUAUGGUUUGUAAAGAAAUGAGGAAUUUAAAUUGUAAUUUUCACAGAACAGUUGUAAAUAAGUUCUACUGAAGGUUUUGUAAAUAAUUUCCAGGUAGUAUGUUAUCGUCUUCCAAAUUUAAAUUCUGACAUUCUUCGGAUGUUACUGUAUUUUUCAUAUAAGUUUACAAGAUUUUAAGGAUAUGCACAAGAUUUUAAGGAUAUGCUGUAGCUAACUGUGCCAAGUUAUACAAUAUAAUUCACUGUUAUCCAUUCAAAAUUAUGGCUCAUCUUCAAGGUUCUGUGCCCUUAAGUUACCAUGUUUGAUAACAUAUGAUGAAGGGAAAAUGAUGAGUUGGAAAAGAGUGCAAUUCACAAGUCUAUGAGGAAAGAGGAAAGAAAGUCCUAGAAGAGGAUGGAUAGGGUAGAUGGCCUAAGAUCAAUUUUAGCCACAGAUUUAGUGCUGAAUUGUUGGUGGAAUUUGGUGAUUUUGGUUAAACGAUGGUUAAGUUCCUCCACAUGAUGUGAAACUUCCCAAUAAUUUCCUUUGUUGUCGCAUCCUAAAGAUUUUAGAUGGACAUUUCAUUGUUAAUUGAAGCUAAAAUGUUUGCGCAGUUCUAACCUGUCUUCCUUUUCGAAGCUUUUAACAUCAUAGGUUCUUUUAUUGGGUGGCUGAUGCUGAAAUUGUCCUUGUGAAACAAAGGCAGUCCCCGGUUAUUGGUGGGGUUCCGUUCUCGGCAGGGUGCUGAGAAGCAAAAAACGCCAUUAACUGAAACUCUGCAAUUUAUGCCACCAAUACCUGGUUGAUGGCACCUUCUUCAGAUGUGUUAUGGCGCCAUAACUCUAUUAUUGGCACCUUAUGGCGCCAACUACCAGAACUUGGCAUGUUAUGGCGCUAGACAAAGACCAUAAAACUGGAUCACCAUUAACCGAGUCCACUGAUAACCGUGGACUGCCUAGUAAUUGGUAAUGUUUCAGCAGGAGGUAAAUGGCAAGGUAAUUCAUGUUACUGUGUAAUUGGAGGAUGACUGGCUGGAUUGCAUUUAUAUUGUAAGAAGUGUUUGCUGUUAAUAUUCAAGAACAAUUAAAUUCAUGGAACUACUCAAAGAGCCACCUAUAUCAUGAAGUAAUUUCUACAAAGUUAAAUCAUAUAAUGUACUUUUUCUAGAAAGAAUCUAAAACCAAUUCUUUCCAUUUCCACAUAGCUUGUUUUUGGUUUACAAAGUUUACAUUUUUUCUUAAGAUUUAAUAUUCUUGGUUCAUAAGGUAUUAUUUAUGAAAGGAACUGCUGUAUCUUGAAGUAUGCUUUGUUUUUACCUCAAAAGUCAUUAGUUUUUAUUUCUCAGAAUUUUUGUUAAUACAGCUGCAUAAUUCAGUUAUUGUUAGGUGAAAUAGUUUGGUGAAAAUUGUAUGGGACUUUGAGCCUGAAGGAAAGCUUAUUUACAAUAAUAAUUCUGUAGAUUAUUUCAUAUGAAUGGCUCAAAGAUAAUUGUAAGCUGCAACAAGUAGAAUUUGCACAUGUAUUUCUUCUAACUAUUAAUCAAAUUAUUAGCUUGAUAUUUGCUCCUGUAAUUAAGUUUUAUUAAUCCAUGGGAAUAUCUAAUGGGCUUAAAACAGUGUUAUAUAGGAACAGGUCUUAUCUUUUUAUUGUCAAGUCCAGUACUGUAAUAGUACCUUCAAGUUUGUGGGAUUCUUUUUUUUCUUUUUUGCCAUUUUUUUUUUUAAUUUCCUCAUGGUGAAUAAUCUUUUGUUUUGGCCUUAUACCAACAGUUUUUAAAUUGUUGCACAUUGUUUUAUUUCCGUGUAUUAUCUCCUAAAUUUUUUUUUAUACGAUAAAACCACCGUAGGUUCAGUAUUGUUUAUGUUCUAAUUUCUGGCAAUGCUGUUGUUAAAAUCUUCUUGUAUAGUAGAAUACCUGAAGUAGAUAUGGGUUCUUGUAAGCCUUACAUAAAUUGUAGUUGUUUGAGAUCUGUAACCUCUAUGAUAUUACCUGUUGUUUUUUAGCAUAAUGAUUUUCCUACACAACACAAGGCCAAAUGAAUUUACAGUGCCUAUAUUAUUGUGAGAAUCUUGGCAAAAUUUCCUGCGAGAUAAUGGCCCCUAGUUUUGAUUACAACUGUAUGUUUCUUUCUUUGGCUUUGUAUCAUGUACUUAAAAUUUUCAUUAGAAAUAGAUUACUACAAAAUUAUUGCAUACACAUUAAAAUAUAAAAAGGUGCUUCCACAGUAAGAUAAAUUUCCAGCAAAUUAUGGGAAAAAAUUAAAUCAAAUGUUUUCUUUAGGCGUAAUAUACAUUAACAUAAACCUAGACUGCACAAAGACGACGUGCAUUGUUAAACAGCUGAAUUUUUCGGAGUAAAAAAUAAUUACAAGAGGGAUUCUCAUAGUUUUAUAAUGUAAAUCUUUCCUUCUUUAUGCUUUUUUAUGUAGGUCUCUCCUUGAAGUUGAUGAUCCUAAUUUUGAAAUAAUGGUUUUAAACUGAAUUACCUUUGUUUACUGUACAGAAGUUUUUCAUGAGAAAGUGUUACAGAACAGUAUAUGUAGGUACGUAUAUCUUUUUUUAAGCUCUCGGGCAUUGACCUUUCACAGGUGACAGGCUUUGAAGCUAUUUCAUCCAGUGUAAUUUUGUCUUGUGAAUGCCAGAAUUUUAGUUGUGUAAUGCCUUGUUAAAUUAUCAAGAUAUAACUGCUUGAAAACAAGAGUAACAUUUGAGAACACUAAAAAUUAUCAACAAUAAAUACUAGUGGCCAAGUAACUUAAUUUUAUAUUAUAUAGUGGCCAAGUAACUUUAUAUAUAUUUUGACAAGUUUUGAUGAUGCCAAAUUUGAGACCUGUCGCAAGAGAACCCAAACCAGUCCAACACAUUUAUACUAGUCAAAAACAUAGAAAUGGUGUAUUAUACACAAUUGCCAGUAGAGUACUGUAUGAUAUGCAUGCAAUUUGUUACUUACCUAAUUCCUUUUUGUAUUAUCCCAGAGUUCUUGGAAUAAAAUUCUUAAUAUUU